AUGCCCUUCACAAGACGCAGGGCUUCCUUUCUGGGGCAGCAGCCCUCUACGUCUGCAGCGGAGAGCGCGGGCACCGCCAGCCGUAGGGUUAGCAUCGGUGGGGCAGGCAGCCUGUCCAGGCCGUCGGGGGUUUAUGUGGGAAUUGUGCCAACAGGAGGUGUCAGCAGCCUGGGCACCCGGGUGUCCCGCAGAGCUCUGGGUAUAAGCAGCGUCUUCUUACAAGGCCUCCGUAGCUCUUGCUCUACUGUCCCAUUGCCCCAGGGGCUGGAAAGAGGACGGGGCCUAUCUUACGAGAGCCUGAAUGGGUGCCUGGUGGACUACAUUGAAAAGGUGAGAGCUUUAGAGCAGGUCAACCAGGAGCUCGAAGACCGCAUCCGUGUUUACCUGAACAAGAAAUCUUCCAGCGCCAACAACUGGGGAGCCCUGAGAGAGAGCUGGGAGACCAUCUACCACCAAGUGAGUAUGAAAACUGGCAAGAAAGACAAAGACGAACGAAUCGUUAACCAGAACAAAGAGUUUCUGAUGCCAAUGAUAAGAACGCAGCCUCGUGCUAGGGUAGAGCUACCCUGCCUAGCACAUUUUAAUUUUUAUCUUCAUGGUAAUUAACAUCAUUUCACUGUGUGUGUCUGUGUGUGUGUGUGUGUGUGUGUGUGUGUAGGGAAUGCAUUAUGUAUGGGAAUUGCCCUGAGGAGGUUCAUCCACAAGAGGGGAAUAAUGGAAAGCUCUCUCUCCCCUCUUUGGCGUAGUCAGCCAAUUCUCAGAGCAGUCGUUACAUUUAUGAGCAAAACUAUGAAAGAAACGCUGCCAAAACAGCGAGUUUAUCCUCUUGGUGUUAUCUCAUUGCCAGCUUGAUGCUGUUUGUAACGAGGAAAUACCAUCUGAGUGGUAUUUGCUGCUUUCAUUCAUCUUAUUUUCCAAAAGCAAAGUCGAUUUUAUUUUAUUUUAUGGCAAGGCGUUUCUUCCACCCCUUACGCAACGUUUAGCAUGGAGGGGAACUUUUCAGUCAAGGUCUUUGCAAACAAAGAAAGACGUUUUUUCAUCUAAAAUUUGUGGACAUUUUUACCCAUUUUAUAAAACUGCCUUUUAAAAAAAACUCCCAACACAACCCAAAUAUCUUAUGAAAUUAAAGCAUGAUCAUACAUAGUGCAAGAGGCACAAGGGCAAAAUAAAUAAAAAAUUAUGACCCUACAAACACUAGGAAGGCACGCCUAUAUUGAAUUAGCAUUGCUGCAGCACUAUGAUCACCUUGUAGAUCUUGCGAAACUACUGAAGUCCUGGAUGCCUCUACUCCAGUGGUUUUCAACAAGUGUGCCAUGGCAUCCUGAGGUGCCUUGAAUGAUAGGGGUGCCGUGGGCAACACUGGCCUCUGCCCCUCCUUCCUUCCCUCCCUUCCUCUGAUGCCCUCUUACAUCUCUGCCUCCCAAAGGCUUGCACAGCUGUUUGUUGCAGCAGCCCUGGCUACAAGCUCCCCAGGCGAAUGGUGCCUCUGGGUCUGGCCAGGGGGUGCUUCCCAGGCCCCUGUGGGCGAGUGUGAGCAGGCCCAUCUCUUUGGGGCGGGGAGGCAGCUCAGAGACCAGGGGACUCCCAAGGAGAAGGGAGAAGAGAGGAGGCUGAGGGAACACUCCACAAGGAAGGGUGUUCAAAAAGGGGUGAGGGGCUGCCAGCUCUGCAGGCAAGGGGUGACACAACUGGGCUCCUGAGCCCCACAGGGGUGCCGCAGAAAGAAUGCAGUUGGUCAAGGGAGCCAUGGACUCAAAAAGGUUGAAAACUUCUGCUCUACUCUAAUACAAUUUCUUGGGAAUGUUUUGGUGAACAGGCUAAGGGGUCAGAGAAACAGACCUUUUAGGGCCCAUGGACACAUUUGGAAUGUGCACCACAACCUCCGGUCACUUCUUUCCACUCCACUCCACCCCCACGAGACAAAAAUAGGAAAGUCCUCAAUUAUUCUGGAUUAAUUAAACUGGGACUAAGAGCACCACUUUCCAUGCAAGCAGUAAAAUACUUGAAUCAUAACUCUGCAUUUAGCCUGCAUUUAGCCUAUACACGCUAAACUAACCCAAGAAUAAAUCUAAUUGAACUCGCUUCUGAAUAGACUUCCAUAGCAUCUCACUGUCAGGUGCAUUUCCUAGAUGAUUUGAUGUCAAUUAUCUGUAAACUAUGUUAAAUCAUUGUACACUCAUCUUCUCAACACAGUCCUGUUCGUAUAUAAAAUGUUAAUGUUCAUUAUUAUUGCUAUUAUUAUAAAAGGCUUCAGCCCUAUAAGCAAUCCUGUAAACUGCCCUGAGAUGUGCAGGUAUAGGGCAGUAUAUAAAUUAAUAAUAAUAAUAAUAUGGGGAGGGAGGUAAGAGUGCUUUGUACUGUAAAUGGGCUGCAUAGAUAUCACAAAUGGGUUAUUACGGCAAUGCUUUUUAAAUUUUACAUGAUUUUCCACAGAAAGGGGUAAAUUUAGAUUCAAUUGGAAGGCGGGGUGGGGGUGGGGAAUAAGGGCUGGCGUUUUGUUGCCAACGAUGUUGUGCAUUCUGAAUGCAAAAGGAAUACCCAUGCCACAAAAAGAGGAUGACUGAUGAAGAGGAAGGUGGCUGUUACUGCAUCCCCCUGAACCUCAGACAGACUGAGGUUGGUGAGGGAGUGCCCGAUUCACCCUAAUGAACCAGUCUCUGCUGUGCACCACUGUGCCCCAAUGCAGAGUUACAGCAACAUUACUGGCCCUGAGAGGUGGGUGCCUGUUGUGUCUCUGCCUGAGUCACUGCUCUGGGUCCACCGCCUUGCAAUAUGCCCGGACAGAAAUGAAGUUCUGUAAAAUCCUCAGAGGCUGUGAUUGCUGUCUUUACAUAUUCUGAAAACAUUCUGAGUGAAGCCUCUCUGCUUCCAGAAGUUGUGGGAUGGAGUGAGGGAGAAACUGUUCUAGAGGCACACAUUACCAGUCAAGUAAGGCUGAUUUACAAGCCUUAUUGCAGCAUAUGCUGCACUCAAAGGGACUCGAGGUAUAAAUAAGUGCAUGAACACUCCUAACAACAUUGCACAGCAGUCAAGUUCAACUAAAAAGAGCAGCUAUUCAAACAAAGCUAACAAAAUCACAGAACAAACUGUUUCAACAAUCAGUACAACCAUACUAAAUUCCUGACAAUUCAUUUUAUUAGUACAAACAGCACUAUAAUGAAGUAUUAAAUAGCAAACCACAAUUUGUUGAUUUUAAGCUAGUCAAAAUCACCAGCAGAACUCGGUGUAAAUAGUAGCUAUCACAAAUAAAUUAAAGUGCCAAUGGAACAGGUACAUGAAAAGAGACAGGCAUAACAGUCAGGUUGUGUAUAUAUUGUAUAUAUUAUUUUCUAAUAAAGCAAUUCAACAAAUCAGUUAAGUUUGGAGGCUUUCUUCCUGCAGGGACAAGGGGGCAGGCGGCUUUCUUCUUUAAAGGGUAUUCUGUAAAAUGAACCUGUAGCCCUCCAGAUGUUGCAACUCCCAUCAUCAAAUAGGGAAGCUUUUUAAGGUUUAAUUGUUUAUUAUGUUUUUAUAUAAGGGACGAGGGUGGCGCUGUGGGUUAAACCAGAGAGCCUAGGGCUUGCCGAUCAGAAGGUUGGCGCUUCGAAUCCCCGCGACAGGGUGAGCUCCCGUUGCUCGGUCCCUGCUCCUGCCAACCUAGCAGUUCGAAAGCACGUCAAAGUGCAAGUAGAUAAAUAGGGAUCGCACCUGUGUUUCUGUGCACUGCUCUGGUUCGCCAGAAGCGGCUUAGUCAUGCUGGCUACAUGACCCAGAAGCUGUACACCGGCUCCCUUGGCCAGUAAAGCGAGAUCAGCGCUGCAACCCCAGAGUCGUCCACAACUAGUACAAAUAAUAUCAUCAUCAUCAUCAUCACCACCAUUAUUAAUGACCAUUGGCCAUCCUGGCUGGGGCUGCUGGAACAUCAUCUGCAGGGCCACAGGUUCCCCAUCACUCCGUUAGGUUAAUAGGCAGAAUUUGCACCAGGUUUUACAGGCAGAUAAAGGACGUGGGUGGCGCUGUGGGUUAAACCACAGAGCCUAGGACUUGCCGAUCAGAAGGUCGGCGGUUCAAAUCCCCGCAAUGGGGUGAGCUCCCGUUGCUCGGUCCCUGCUCCUGCCAACCUAGCAGUUCGAAAGCACGUCAGAGUGCAAGUAGAUAAAUAGGUACCGCUCUGGCGGGAAGGUAAACGGCGUUUCCGUGCGCUGCUCUGUUUCGCCAGAAGCGGCUUAGUCAUGCUGGCCACAUGACCCGGAAGCUGUACGCCGGCUCCCUUGGCCAAUAAAGCGAGAUGAGCACCGCAACCCCAGAGUCGGCCACGACUGGACCUAAUGGUUAGGGGUCCCUUUACCUUUACCUUUACCUUUACCUUUACCUUUACAGGCAGAAACCACUAGGUUUUGUCCCAAACCAGGCCACAUUCACACCAUACAUUUAAAGCGUGAUACCACUUUAAGCAGACAUGGGUUCCCCCAAAGAAUCCUGGGAGCUGCAGUUUUUUAAGGGAGCAGAGACCCCUAUUCACCUCUACAAAUCUCCAAAGUUCCCUGUGAAGAGGGAUGGUUAAACCACUCUAGGAACUGUAGCUCAGGGAGGAGAAUAUGGGCUGCCUAACAACCUCCAGCACCCUCGACAAACUCUUAAUGACACCUCCCAGAAUUCUCUGGGGGAAGCCAUGAUUAAGGCGGCAUCAUAAUGCUUUAAAUGUAUGGUGUGGAUGUGUCCCCAAGCAACCUCCUAAGUCCAUGCAGACAAAGGAAAUUGGCAAUCUUAGCCGUGCAGAAGGCCAAAUCUGCAUGCAGGAAACGGCAUGAAUCCUGUGAGCAAAUGGUUUGCAGUUGCUGAAAACUUGUAGGGCUAUUCCACCAUAGUUAGAUGCUGUGGGAAGCUGCUACAAAUCUCGUGUGUGUGUGUGUGUGUGUGUGUGUGUGUGUAUGCACGCAUGCAAGAGAGAGAGAGAGAGAGAGAGAGAAUUGGCCCAUGAGAUUUGAAUUCUGGUUGCAUUAUUAAACAGUCCAAAGAGAGCUUUUUGAUAAAAAAUAUUCCCAAGAGUCAGCAGGACAGCUGUGUACAGUCAGUGCAGCAAAUUAAAAGAUGGCACUUCUCUCUGAACCUGAGAACAAGGUGUUACAAAUUGCAGCCUUCCUUCUAGUUUAGAAGUAAGAAAGUGAGAAAAAUAAUUAACGAAAAUCUCCAUCUAAUUCCAGUCCCCCCCUCCCAAGAGAGGUUUACUGCUGAAGCAGUUAGUAUUACACAGGGGAAAUGUAAGUUUUAUUUUUGUUAGCCGUAAAGUGUGAAAAUGCAUAUUUUUAAUUCCCUUUUAAAAAAUCCUGACAUAGUUUACUGCAGUCAUAUUUCCAAACCCUGGGGAUCCCAGGUGGGAAGACUGAAUUUAAAAUAAGGCUGCAGGAUUUGAUAGAUGAAAAUGUUCUAAAGGACACAAAUUGUUUGGGCAGCAGGAUAAAUUUUAUUUUAACUACAGUUUUCGAUGCAAAUACUUAUAAAAAUUGCAGAUGGCAAGCACCACAUUGUCAGGGCAAUGCUAAAAGGAAGGGGAAAGGAUAAUAUGAGGCAGUGGAACCACCAAAUUCAAAAUCCUGCCUGCUCUAGAUCCAGUCAGGCUGAAAGACCAGUGGUGACUGGAGAAAAUAACUACACUAGCUCCAGGCUGGUGCAAUUUCCCCCACUAUUAUGGGGACUUGGGGGGGGGGGAGCUUUGGAUGUUGCAGAAUCAUAGAAGCAUAGAAUUGUGAAGUUAGAAGGGACCAUGAGAAGCAUCUAUCUGGAAUUCCUCUUUUUUGUAUUACUGCUGUUGGAGCACUAACGGCAGAGCAGAACAAACUUCUUAAUGCAAUUUUGCCUAAUAGACUCUAUUUUACAAAACAAUCCCUGCUAAUAUAAUGUAUAAUUCCAUGUUAUUUUCACUAUUAUUUCACUUUUAUUAUUUUACUAUUAUGUGCAUUUUUAGGCACACUUCACACUGGUAUAUGUCUUUUUGUACACAUUACUUGGCUGGAGAACUGCAUUGCAAAAUUCAGAGAAAAUUUUGCAGGAUGGUUGUUUCAGUUUGCAUAUUGUUUCUGAAACUGAGAACUAGGUAGGUUUGCCUUUAAAUGCAAAUAAUCAAAAUUCUUACCCAUACCUAUCAAUAGUAAAAAGUAAUAAUUCCUACACCAUGCCAUUCCACUGCCCUCCCCAAAUGUUAUCACUCCAACUAGUACCAUGUUAGAGGAAGAAAAACUGCAACACACUGGCCAUCUGCCCUUUAUACUCUCAAGAUGGUACCCACGGCAUUCCUAUAUGCAAAUUUAUUCACAGUAUAUUGUAAUAAAUAUAUGAUACCCUCCCUUUAAGCCUUUGCUCCCCUAGCCACGUACAAGUAGAAACAAUGCCAGCGAAUACCGGUAAUCAUUAACAUAUUUCAGUUCACAAGCUUAUCAUUCUAGCCAAAGGCCAUGACAAACUUGAAUUAAGCAAUAGUAUUAAUAAAAUUGUACAGAACAUACAUCCAUAAUAUAAUAAUCCAUAAUAUUAAAAAAACUUUGCCAAGUUUCUAAGCAUUAAAAUAGUUUCCCUUGUGAAUCUAGAAUCCAAUUUGCCAACAACCAGGAUAUAAGAGAGAGAAGUUACCAAAGACACUAACAAACUCAAAUCCAGCUUGAUUUCAGAUUAAACCUCCAAAUCACAACAAUUUAUAGCAAUUUUAUCCAGCUCCAGGUUGUUUUAAGUUACUCCUUCUGGCAACUGUGUCAUGCAGCAAGACACUUUCCCCAAUAGCUCACCAUGAUAAUCCAAUGAUUUUUUUCCUACACUGCCACAGCUCUUUCACAAGACUACCAUGAAGCCACUGGUUAGCACAUAUCAACCAACAAGAAAUCUACUGAGUAUUAACACCAAGGUGUCCAGUGCUGAUUAAAUUGUCUGGUCCAAUGAAGGACCCGGUUCCGGAUACAGAUUGUAUUUGUUAUUUAUAUUUGACUGCUUCAACUGUUCUAGGUCGGCGAUGCAGUCAUGGAAAACGCCCGGCUUAUGUUACAGACAGAAAAUAUUCAAGCCUGUGCCGAAGAUGUUAAGGACAGGUAAUCUCUCGUAGGUCAAUUUUCUCUUCCUCUAUUGAUAUGAGAGAGAAGAGGGGGAAAGAUUCAGACUGGGAAUAAUAGUAGAGGGGUUAAUCCUAAUGAAAGGAAUCAAUUCAUAGGCCAUCUAUCAGUGGGACAGAGCUUUUGACUGUGGUACAUUGGUAAUAUUAUCAUAAUCAUCAUUACUUGCUCUCCACCAGCCGUUACAACAAUUUAAGAUUAAGUACUAAGAACAGUGAAAACUGAUUACAGUCACAAGAAUAGGAUAGUCCCUCAAAACACACAUCUCAGAUGACAAAGGCCAGGGUAGAGAGAGAUGUCUUCAGCAUUUGCCAAAAGCUAUACAGUGGUGCCUCGCAAGACGAAAUUAAUCCGUUCCGCGAGUCUCUUCGUCUUGCGGUUUUUUCGUCUUGCGAAGCACGGCUAUUAGCGGCUUAGCAGCUUAGCGGCUAUUAACGGCUUAGUGGCUAUUAACGGCUUAGCGGCUUUAAGAAAAAGGAAACAAACUCGCAAGAACUCGCAAGACGUUUCGUCUUGCGAAGCAAGCCCAUAGGGAAAUUCGUCUUGCGGAACGACUCAAAAAACGCAAAACCCUUUCGUCUAGCGAGUUUUUCGUCUUGCAAGUUUUUCGUCUUGCGGGGCACCACUGUACACUCAAACCUCAGUUCCCGAAUGCCUCCGUUAUCGUACAUUUCAGCUCCCGAAUGCUGAAAACCCGGAAGUAAAUGCUUUUCAAACGUUUUUCGGAACCCGAACAUCCGAUGCAGCUUCCGCUUGAGUGCAAGAAGCUCUUGCAACCAAUCAGAAGCCAUGCCUCGGUUGUCAAACGUUUCAGAAGUCGAACGGUCUUCCGGAACGGAUUACGUUCCACAACCGAGGUUUGACUGUAUAGCGAAUGAACCAGAUAUGCCUCUGUAAGGAGGGUGUUUCAAAACUUUGUGUUUGCGUCAGAGGAUUUGCCCUCUUCCCAGGCUGCCACCCCCCAGACACCCAUCACCACUGGAUAUGCCAGGUGGGGAGGGUGGGAGUUGGAGUCUAGUAACAUCUGAAAGGUGACAGGUUUCCUAUCCCUGUAACAAACGCAUCUGCCAGAAGACUGAGCUCUGGGCUGCAGUGUCCCAACGUCCUGUCCAUUUCUUCUGCAGGUAUGAAAAUGAGCAACCGUUCCGAAAGGCAGUGGAAGAUGAAAUUAAUUCUCUCUAUAAAGUGAUUGAUGAUGCUAAUUUGACCAAGGUGGAUCUGGAGAGCCAGAUCGAAAACAUGAAAGAAGAAUUAACUUUACUGUCAAAGAAUCAUGAAGAGGUAAGUUGGAGCUGAGAACAGCACAUGGCUAGAAUAUAUCUUUUUAGGCGACUCACUGGCAUCUAUCCAAACAAAGGCUAACUUCUGCCAAAAAUAGUGUUUAUUGUUGAACUUUGCGAUUAAUGUCACAGUGCAGGGCUCUUAAUUGGUGGGUUUUGUAUUUGUUUUUUGCAUAAGCUUAACUUAAUGCCUUUAUCUCAAAACAAUAAGCAGGCUCUGACAUACUUUGCCAUUUUUACUUCUGUGUGACACAGUGCCAUUUAAACAUACGUGAAAGUCCACAUUCAUAUAACCUUAUAGACAAACAUCUGGGAAAAAACCACUUCAGCUACAUUCGGGGUAUGAAGCCUCUGCUCUCCCCAAGGGGUUAAGCUUUUUGUGCACUGAUAAGCUUAACUUUUACAUGCUGCCUUGGAAACACCUUGAUCGUGGGGUGCUCUCUCUACAGAAAUGUAGGUUUUUAUGUAUGCAAGGUUGCCUCUUGUUCAUAAAACCAUAGGGGCUAAUAACAGCCCUGUAAAUUUCCCCACAAUAGUUAUUAGUCUGAACUUUAUUUUUUUACUACUAUUCCAGGGGGCUAGUACCCUGUGCUUCUGUAUGGGUAUGCUUCUCCAUGGCCAGCAUAGAAACCCAGACUACUAGCUUCUUGUUUAAACAAAAAAAAAAAUUAAAAAGCCUUCUACUAAGCAGACUGGAAACAGAAGGAAUGGAUCCUGCAAAGAAUUCUUUAUCUCCUAUUCAUACCAGCUGAAAUAUCUAAAGAAUUCUACAUAAUGCAAGGAGGCUGUGAUUUCUAGCCUGUCCUGCAUUCAUCGAAAUUACAUAAUUUCAAUGGAAGAAAAAUGUCAAGAAUGCAAAAAAUAACAUAAUUUUUAUAUAAAAAUUGUGGACUGAAAAAAUAUGGCAAUGAAUACCGCUUGUGUUUAUUUGUGUGAUUUCCAUUCCUUACCUCCAACAAACAUGCAAAUUGUGGCAAUUUCCAUUCCUGCUUCCAUUUCUGACAAUAUUCUCCAACAUCCCUACUUAUAUGUCAUCUUUCACAGCAAAACCCUCCCAAGGCAAACCACAAAAUUUGGUAAAAGCAUGAAUACAAUAUAUAAAACACACCCCAACACAACGUAGCAGCCAUGCCAGACUCCCUCAAUUUAGUAAGCCAUGACAAAGGAUACAAAAAACCCCAGUGGCAAUGGCAUGCUAAGGCUGCAAUCCUAUAUGCAAUUACCUGGAAGUAUGUCCCAAUGAACUGAAUGUGACUUCUGAUAAUAUAUGAACAGUACGGCACUGCACUUUAGAAUCUGGGGCUAUGGCAGAGCACCUAGGUAACUAUUUCAUCAUCAACACAGUCAUCAAGGUUGAUGGAAUUAAGAUGGUCCCGUGAAAUGACCCAGAUACACUAAAAAAACCAAAAACCACAGACUUCCCAUGAGAAACACUUUCUACAUCGACUAGCCAUGUCUAUCACAGGAUAGGAGGAAAAGAAUUUCAUUUCCAGCAAUUCUAAACAAAGUUCCUCCUGAAAACUGAGCUCUCUCUGUCACCAAACAGCUUUUGCUCUAGAAACAGCUAUUUGUGAACAGUAACACCAUCAGUAAUUCCAAUCAGAAUACGAGCGUUUUGUGGGAGGAAACAGAUCUGACCCAGCGGGAGAGCGCCCCCAGCAAAGUUUAAAACAAUCACAGAGUUAAGCAGUAGUACAGCGUGGGGAAUAUAGGCUGCUAGAGCCCUUUAUAUAUCCCAUUUAGUUUGCAAACAGCACUUGAUCCUAUCUCACUACCCUAUGGCAAUGAACAGACCACACACUUUAAAAGCUUUACUUACAAAAUCCAAAGGUCUGAUUCAUGCACUGUUUUACCAGCAAGGAGAACACAAAUGGAAUACUCUUGGGUACAAAAUGCAGUUUCAAGCAUGCAGUCUGAGCUUGGAGCAAGCUCAGACACAUCCUUCCUGGUCAGUUACAUGGCACGAAAAGAGUGAGGAAAGGAAGAGAAAAAGUUUCACUUCCCCUGUCACCUCUGAGUUCCUAACUGAGUUCUGUGAUCUUAACCCCUUCAUGCAUUAACUAGCCGUAUGCUUACUAGUUAUGUUUGACUGCUAUUUCCCACGUACAGUCAAACCUCGGUUGUCGAGCGUAAUCCAUUCUGGAAGACUGUUCGACUUCUGAAACGUUCGACAACCGAGGCGCAGCUUCUGACUGGUUGCAAGAGCUUCUUGCACUCAAGUGGAAGCCGCGUCAGACGUUCAGGUUCCGAAAAAUGUUUGGAAACCAAAGCAUUUACUUCCAGGUUUUCAGCGUUUGGGAACCGAAAUGUACAGUAUCGGAGGUGUUCGGGAACCAAGGUUUGACUGUACUGCAUUUACAUUUGAGUGACUAUUUGUAGAAAACAAACGAGAAAUCAAGUAAGGCUGCAGUAGCCACGAAUGAUGUCUACCCAGUUGCAUCAAUGGAAAUUGUUCCUUUUGCUAGAAUCUCAAUGGGUGCUGCCCAUUUAUUUAUGUGGGUGGUUUUCAGGAUGUCAAGAUGCUUUACAAGCAGCUUGCUGUCUCACCACUGGAAGAACUAGAUACUCCCAUUGGAACAGGCCUGGAUGACAUACUGGAAAAAAUCCGGAUUCAUUGGGAGAAAGAUAUUGAAAGGAACCGAACUGAGACUGGCGCCUUGCUCCACACCAAGGUAAGAACAAAACAAGGUAAGAGUAACUAAGACUGCAAUCUUACAUACAUUUGUCUGGGAGUAAGUCCCAUUUAUCUCAAGGGGCUUUGUGUUUCAGUAGACAUGCAUAGGCUUGCAAUAUAAAAUGAUUAGGGAGAUGGAGCACCUCUCCAAUAAAGCCAGGCUUACCAAGCAUGGAAUGCCCAUUCAUUAUGUGUGUGGGAAGCUUAAAAAUAAUACUGCCCAAAUUACUCCAUGAAAUAACGCUCCCCUCCAUUUUCUCCAAUCAGCACUGUCAACCAAGAGUAAUAUAUAUAUACCAGUAUAUGCUGUAAACGGAGGAGAAAGUGAUGGAUUUAAAAUCCCAGCAGCUUUUCUUCUGAAUUGUAUAUGAUAUAUUUGUGUAACGCAGGCAUCCCCAAACUCAGCCCCUCCAGAUGUUUUGGGACUACAAUUCCCACCAUCCCUGAUCACUGGUCCUGUUAACUAGGGAUGAUGGAAAUUGUAGUCCCAAAACACUUGGAGGGCCGAGUUAGGGAUGCCUGGUAUAACAGAACAGCAAAUAAGAAUCUGCAUUUCCCCCCCGUUCGUCACUGUUAAAUGUUGUCAGCUAGCCACAGAAACAGCACCAUCUGUACGGACACAAGAGGAGGAACUUGUUGAAUCCCUGAGGGUAGAGUUUCAUGAAACAGCUUGCAAAAUCCAAAGCCUGCAAGCAGAGACUGAAUCACUGAGAACUCUGGUGAGUCAGAAAUGAGAAAUGGUAUCUGUUUAUAGGUGCAAGGCUUUUGUUUCCAGGAUGAACAGAUUCCUAUAUAUAUGGGUUUGACACCUUAUGCUAUAAGAGAAUCAGUGCAAUCCUUCUGUAUGAUUUCUCAGAAGUAAGCCACUGAUUUCAAUGGAAAUUAUUCCCCAGUAAAUGUGCAUAGGAUUGCAGCUGACAUUUUCAAAUGUGUUCAACAAACCAUUGUUCAUCCAUUAUAAUUGCAACCACACGCUUCUUGUGGACAUCAAGGCUUGAAAACUCCACUUUUCAAAACAGUUUUUAUAGCUAUAAAACUUAGGGUACAAGCUGGAAAGCUGACUUAUAACUGUUUACCAGUGAUUCCAGUAGGAGCAUUAAGCAAGUGUUUAAAUUUCUUCCACUGAAAUCAGUAAUGCCCCUUUGGUUCUUUUCAGGAUUGUGGCCCAGUUUGCAUGCAAUGACAAACACAAUGCCCAAAGACACAGAGCGUGUGUGCGGGUACUCAAAGCAAAAACUGUGGCUGCUUCACUCCUCCACCAGUCCUGCUUCUGCCACACCACUUGAAGCAAAGCCACAGUGUGGCUUAGUGCUACAUUUAGAGACAAUGCUUUUUUCUUAAAAAAUGUUUAGGGGUACUCUCAUUUUCUUAGAUUUCUAAUAUUGAAAUACUGCCCCUCAAUGAGGCCAAACUUAGAUUCACAAAAUGUUUAGGGGUAUGCGUACCUGUGUACCCCCAGAAAAAACAACUGCAUUUAAACAUCUCAGUACAUUUCCGAGCACAAUUCAAAGUGUUGGUGCUGACCUAAACUGCCUCAGCCCAGUAUACCUGAAGGAGCAUCUCCAUCCCCAUCGUUCAGCCCGGACACCGAGGUCCAGCUCUGAGGGUCUUCUGGCGGUUCCCUCACUGCAAGAAGUGAAGCUACAGGGAACCAAGUAGAGGGCCUUCUCGGUAGUGGAAAGCCCUGCCAUCAGAUGUCAAGGAAAUAAACAACUAUCUGACUUUUAGAAGACAUCUGAAGGCAGCCCUGUUUAGGAAAGUUUUUAAUGUUUGAUGUUUUAUCACUUUACUAAUAUUAUUAUUAUUAUUAUUAAUUACAUGUCUUGCUCACAAUGAACCAUGAGCUGAACCAAUUUGUGAUCAGUUUACUGCUUGUGGUUUGUUUGGGGAAAACCAACAAGGCUGGGUUCACACAAAAUGCUAAGCCAAACCAUGGCUUACCUUUGGGUAGCAUAGCAAUAGUAGGACCAGGAGAAUACCUGUCUGGAUACCUGCCCGCUUACUUGUUCUCCCUAAGCUACGAUUUGGCUUAGUGUUGCAUGCAAACAAGGCCUGUGUCAAAAUGGUUGCAUUCUGCAGAGCCUCUAUAACAUGGAUUCAAGUAUUUGUACACAUGCUCCUCAUUGCCAACAGCUCCUCUCAAUGUUCCAGACACCACUUGUUAACCUCUCUCAAGUUUCCAAAAUUAUGGCCAAAGUUUCCAAAAUUACUGGCCAACUAGUGUGUGGAGCUAUUGUCAAGAAAGAAAGAUGACACGGUUCAGGUGUCCCACUCCACAUGCCAAGGUUACAAACUUCAGCAUUCUCACGUAUGAAAACCUACACCGGACCUCCCCAGCUUAUAACCACCAAAUGCAGCCCUCCACUGUCUUAUCAUAUGAGGCCACACUACAUGGCUGCUGAGUUUACCUUGGUAGAGCACAAGUUGGGCAGGCCAAAAAUAUGUAUUAGCAUUUUUAUUACAUAUAUAUAUAUAUAUAUAUAUAUAUAUAUAUAUAUAUAUUACAACAGGAUUUUGUUGUCCUUGCAGAAGAGAGGUUUGGAGAACUCCCUCUAUGAUGCCAAGCACUGGCAUGACAUAGAGCUUCAGAAUUUAGGUUCUGUCAUCACCAAGCUGGAAGCAGAAGUAGGAGAAAUCCGAGCGGAGACUGAGCAGCAGCAGAGGGAUCGCGAAACUCUGCUGUCCAUUAAAACACAGCUGGAGAAAGAUAUCACUGCGUAUCACUGCCUUCUAGACAAAGAAGAGAGCAGGUAUUUCUUUGUAUGGUGAAUUGUGUCUUGCCUGCAUAAUCGCUUCUCUGCGCUCAGAGGAGAAUUAAUCAGAGUGGACACAAAAGGAUAAAUCAAGCAGGAUCUAGCAAAUAUUAGCAUUGCUACAUUAUAAUAUUACAUUGCCAACAACUUCAUUCUGUUGUGCAACUGAUGCCUCAGUUACAGAUUUGGAUAUACAGCUACUAGUUGACUGAACUCAUAUAUAUACUCCAUUCCUAAGUCAUAUGUGAACAAUUCCUCUUUAUGAGGUAUGGCCAGAUCAGAUUUUCCACUCACUCGCCACCUUCCCCAGAAACAGCAGGCACAAUCCAGUCAUUCCAGUACUGCCUCUCUUCAGAUUUAAAUUUUAGGCCUUUGAAGGAUGGGGUGGGUGGAACAGGCUCAAGUCUUGAUGGCAAAGUUCUCCCCAGCUGGCAGCAAUGAAGCUCAAACAGUACCAUUGCCUGUUGCUUGGCUCAGAAGGCCAGUCAAAACCAUAUUGUGGCUUAAAGUUUCCUAGAGCUGCACUAUUUCAUAUUGUGGACAACAGGCGACACACUUGCCAAAAAGAAGGGGCCUCUUUGAUUUUGGCUGCUCCUUGUGGUCUCUGCAGAGUGCUGCAAGUGGACCUGAAACAAAAGCUGCAGCUUAAAAUGCUCCUGUCCAGAGUUCCAACCAGCCAGUCAGCCAUGCACUUUUCCAGGAUAUAUGGUACUCCAUUUAAUCAAAGUAUCUCAGCUCACAUUAAUGCAUUAAAUGUUCAUUAAAAUAUCAAAAUAUAAAUAAAACCAACAUGCCAUUCCACUCUCCCCCACCCGAGUUUUCCACACCCCUGCCCCAAACAGUCAGCAUUCCAUGACCGUUAAAUAUGACUACAGUAGUCCUCACUGUGCUAUUUUGAGAAGUGGGUUCCUCCGGAUUUUUUCUUAAACUUUUUGGGCAUUUUUGCAAGCAUUGGGGUUCCCCAAAGCUUUCUUAAAAAAAAAAAAGUUUACUAUUUUACACUGAUUUACAUUAAGAUCAUAUGACACACAAUUUACAUCGGAAUCGAUCUUGACAACUUCCCAUCCUUACAUAUGUGAUGGCUUAAUUCUUUCCCUCUUGAAUAUAUAGACUGCAGACCCUUCAAGUGUCCCUAUUUUCCAGAUUUAGAGAAGCUUUCCCAGUUUCUGAUUUGACCCCAGAAUGUUCCGCUUUUCCUUAGGACAUCCCUAUUUUCAUUGGAGAAAUGUUGGCAGGUAUGGAGUUAUCCGCCCCCUGAGCCAUCUGAAGGCAACAGUUUUUUACAUGUUUUUUUUAACAAAGGAAGUUUUUUUUUUUAAUGUUUAAUGUUUCCUUAUGUUUGUAUAUAAGUUGGAAGAUGCCCAAAGUGGCUGGGGCAACUCAGUAAGAUAUGUGGGGCAUAAAAUAGUAAAAUUAUAAUUAUGGAAAGGGACGUCCCUAUUUUCAUCAGAGAAAUGUUUGAGGGUAUGAGACUGAACCCUUUUAGCUACAUAAGGGUGCACACUCAGAUGUUUGCUAUUAGUUUAUAGGAACACUGCAAGACUAAACAAGCAGCAGAGCUCAGUGAUAUAGGUCCUGCCCUGGUCCCAAUCUUCAGAAGAUCAUAGAUACAAAAUAGUGGAUGGAGAUAUAAUGCAGUCUGUUUGCAUGCAUUAUGCAUGAGUGCAGUUUUACCACCUCAUUGCAAGCCACGGUAAGUCAAAGAGCAAGAUUUGCAUAUACUGCAACCUUGGGAUGCUGCCACUAGUUAAGACUGACAAUGCUGCAUCAGAAAAACCUAUAACUCUUCUGAAGAACUGGCAUCGCUUCAGAUUUUCUAGCUUUAAAAAAUUAACAAUACAUGGAACCAAGUAUUCUCUUCUUUGCAGAAAGGAAGCAUCAGUCCCAGUUCAGCAAAGUAAAUGAGAUAUAUAUUAUUUAUCAAAACAAACAUCUAUUUGUGUUAAUUCUUAAGUCUCUUGAUUUACUAGCACAUUCCAUUUUUAAAAGCUAGCCCAUUCUAAUUCAACACAAAAUACAGGACUUAGAUUUUCAUCUUUAGUGGGAAUUCAUAACAUAUUGAUUCAUACUAGCUUAGUGUCUGUGGUGGAGCCCAAACUACCAACAAAAAGUGGUUGAAUACAGCACACUAAACGGCAUGAACAGCCAAAAUAGCAAUGUAUGAGGAUUUGGCUGCAGAGCAAAAACGACUUUUAGCAUAUAGUUCAGGAUACUGUUUCAAACACAAACCAAGAACAACAAAGUUUUCCCUGUUAAAAAUAAUAAUUAUGUCUUCCAUGGGAAACAUUACGCAGAACAGUUAGCUUUUGGUUUACCAUAAAUGGAAUUCUCAUCUGUAAUACGCCAGAAAAAGCUGCCCUUUUCACUGGAAAAUUUGAUUUCCAAACAAGUGUAUUUCUUUUCUGACAACUGACUCAUGAAGACCUGGUCUGAAUUUUUCCUAUCAGUCUUGGAAGUCUUGGCUGGAUUUAACAUCCACUCUCUUCAUUAGGAAGAACAUAUUUUCGCCCCCACAAAAAAACUCUGAAUCCACUACUUGGAUAAAAACACAAAGGACAACUUGGAUUAGAAUAGUCAUCCCAGACCUUGAAGCCCACAUAUUCACUGCAUAUGUGCAUCUAUUUAAUCAUGCAUGUGAUAACCUUUCUACUUGCAACCACAAAGCUGACUUAUACAAAGCGUGUGUGUGUUUGUGUGCGUCAUUUUGUUGCUCAUCUUGCCAAAACUGCAUCAAAUCAAUUUGUACUGUUAAGGGUCUGCUUAUCUUUGGAGAAAUAAUGAUUUUAUUGUUUAGUCGUUUAGUCGUGCCCGACUCUUCGUGACCCCAUGGACCAGAGCACGCCAGGCACUCCUGUCUUCCACUGCCUCCCGCAGUUUGGUCAAAUAAUGGUCAAAUAAUGAUAGUGUUGUUUUUGUUUAACUUUUCAGCUGA